AUGCGAGCGUCGACCGGGGAACCGCUGGAGCCCAAGGCGGGGGACUCGGGCAGCCGGAUCUACGGCGAGAGCAACGAUGGGGGGCAACCCUGGAAGAAGUUUGUGUAUGUUGAACCACCAAGGAGAGUUAGGGAAGUACUUGAGGAAGAGCUGUAUUUCCAGAGAGAUGAGUGCAGAAUUAGACACCCUUCAGAAGUGGCUCUGGAAAGAAUUUGGAGCUUGAAAAGAAAUUUUCCUGUGGGAAGCUUCAACCCAGCGUCACAGAAUCAAAGCUGCUUCCUUUCUCAACCUUAUUACUCCAGGCAUGCAGUCAUAAGAAGGUAGUCAUUCUGAAAAACUGAAUCUCCUUUGAUGGAAGUCACAGAAGAAAAGCAAAUCUAUCGCUGUCACAUUUAUUUGAACAUAGACAACUAUAUUUUAGUAUGUAUAAAGUUGCUUAUAAAAUAAAUUUUGAAGCUAUG